AUGGAGUCAACAGUGAAGACUGAGGUCAUUCUCUCAGUUCACAUUAUUUCAUUCGUGAUCGGCUUCCCCUGCAAUCUCUUGGCUCUCUAUUCAUUUAGUGUCAAGAUCCGCUCCAAGCCACUUCUACCAGAUAUCCUACUACUCUGUCUCACUGUCUCUGACCUCCUCUUCCUGAUGAUCCUUCCUUUCAAGAUGCACGAGGCUGCAUCUGGUAUGAAAUGGAAUCUGCCCCACUUCAUAUGCUCCAUCACUUCCUUCACCUUUUUCACCACAAUCUACACCAGUUCCUUGCUGCUGGUGACAAUCAGCGUGGUCCGCUACAUAGGAGCAGCAUUUCCUGUCACCUACCAUAAACUGCAGAAACCUGUGUAUGCAGUUGUUAUCAGUGCUGUUAUUUGGCUGAUCUCAGCAGCACACUGCAGCAUUGUUUUCAUCAUUGAGCACCACCCAUCUCUGGUCAGCAAUAGCUCUGGUAUGUGCUAUGAAAACUUUACAAAGACGCAGUUGGAGGUUCUCCUCCCACUACGUCUGGAGAUUUUCAUUGUACUCUGCCUCAUACCUUUUUUAAUUUGUGUUUACUGCUACUUGCGCUGCAUCUUGAUUCUGUACAGCCGCCCCAGGAUAUCCCCGAUGCAGAAACAGAAGGCCAUUGGCAUGGCCUCGGGGACUCUCGCUGUGUUCCUUAUAUGUGUUCUGCCAUUCAGUUUAUCACAUUUAGUGGGUUAUUUCCAGGGACAGAGCCCAGAGUGGAGAUACUACACAUUACUGCUUAGUUGUUUCAACACCUGUAUUGAUCCCAUCAUCUUUUACUUUUCAUCCUCCAUCUUUCGCGUCUCAUGUGAAAAGUUCAUUUUCAGGAAGUGGUGGAUCACCGUUUCAGGACUGAAAGGGGAUGUCACCACCUCCAGCUAA